UGAAAGAAUUAUGUCUUCUCAUUGUUCUCAAGAACUUAAUCAUGAAAGUCUUGGUGUCCACUUUUUCAAGAUUAUUCUUCAAACUACCAUUCAACAAGGAAAAUUGAGAGUGCCAAUAAGUUUUGUGAGAAGGCAUUGGAAAGGAAUAACAAACCCAGUUACCCUAAGGCUUCCAAAUUUGACUGAAAAGAAAGUUUUUUGGGAGAAAACUAGUGAUUAUGAUGUUUGGUUUUGCAAUGGUUGGAAAGAAUUUGCAAAUUAUUUGUCUUUGGGUGAUUCAGAAUUUUUGGUGUUUCGAUAUCAACGAAAUUCGCUCUUUAAUGUGAUUGGGUUCAGAAAAUGUGGAUUAGAAAUAAAAUAUCCUUUAAGAGAAACUACAGAAGAAUCUCAAGACGAUGAAGAGAACGACUGUCCUGUGACGACGAUCAUUAAUGAUCAUUCAUCAUUGCGGGUUAAAAGGCCAAAAUCUCCAUCACCGUCUUCGAAUGUUUGUAAGAAGAUAAUCAACCCAAAAACAGGAAGUAGUUGUGAUUAUCUUAAGAAGAGAAGCAGAGUUUUGUCUGAGAAAGUGAAGAAAAACUUUGUCUCAGAUGAUAAGGACUUCUUUACAUGUAUGAUCCUAAAGACAUACAAUGGGAGAGAUCUGUUGGUAACUAACUAUCAUUUGAUCACCAUUUUUUUUGUUUGA